AUGUUGGAACCCGAUGAGUUAUCCCAGGAGCUUCAAGGCCUGUACUGCCCACCAAUUGACCCAGCUCUGUUCAUGGCAAUCCUCAUGGACUAUGAUCUCUCGAUGCCUGCUGAGGUUGGAGCACUUCGCGAUACCUUGAACGAGCUGAAGACAUCUGCUCUGGAUCAAGAAAACCUCCCCUUCGACCCCACCGGCACGACCAACACCCGCAACCUCCAAGACGCGAAUCUUCCUGAAAGUUUAAGCUGGUCACCGCUUGACAAUAUUGACGUGAAUGACUGUGACGAGAACGACAACAACCAGAAUGGCGGACACGAUGCACGCCUUAGAUACACAUUCCUGGGCAUGACAUCGGACGACAAAGUCUAUAACUUGAUAAGUAUGUUCCCAAGUGUUCCUCGUCACCAGGCCGAGCGCAUUCUAGAAGAAUGCCAUGGUAGUCUCAGUCGCGCAAUGGAAGUUCUCCUGAACCUUGCCUUCAUCGACGAGACCCAGAUUGCCCGUGGCUCCGCGCAAGAGACCCCUGCAGAAGCUGCUGCCAUGAGUCAAGCUUUGGCACCCAGGUCAAUCGAUGGCUUCCAAGCAGACGAGAGUCAGACCAAGAAAUCGCGCAAGAAAAACAAGAAGAGAAACCAGCAACUGCGCCGCGACGCAACGUCAUCCCAAGCUCUCAACACCCCCUCUGUCAACAAAUGGGAGAUGGGCAAGAAAGACAUCGAUUUCAUCUCGAUCCGGGCCUCUGUUCUUCUGCGAGAGAACGUCGCGUCCACCUAUCACGAAAAUUCGAUGUCGCUCUGUGCAACCAUCAGAGCAUUGGCAAUCGCUUACGCGCCCAGGGACAUUGGGGAACUCGACGAUGAUGAUGCUAUCAUCCCCCAGGUGGCGGAACUCUCGCACAAAUAUGCCGCCAUCCCUGAGACGACGAUCGCUGGCCUCCUUCGCAUUUCCAAUAAUGAAAUCAUCGCCGCAGAUGAGCUGGCGGAGGCCUUAGCUCAGGGGCCUGUUCUCAACUCACUGUCAGAUAUCAUCACCUUCACUUCGGCACCACUAGUUCUUGACCCGGAGGAAACCACUGUAGCGGCCUCGGCCGAAAAUUUCGUUGAGACUUCAUCUGAUAUGGAUUAUGGUCAGGCUGCUGCUGCUGCAAACGCUCACUUCGCGUUGCGGUCAAACGCCUUUGCGCAGGCAUCCCAGGCCGCGCGCCGUGCCCGAUCAAACCCCCUAUAUAAUGGGGCCUCUGCUUACUACCGCGAAAUCGGCAACGAGCAGCGGCAGCUGGCGAUGCGUCACCUGGCUACCGCCUCGGACAGACUGGUGGACCGACAAUCCUCCCAGUAUGAUUUGGACCUGCACGGUGUGACUGUCCCUAAUGCGAUUAGAAUCUCUCGGGAGCGUGUCAAUGCCUGGUGGCACUCCCUGGGCGAACUGAAGCACAUCAGAGGUGGUGGCAAGCAUGUACACGGUGGGUUCAAGAUCGUUGUCGGUGUUGGAAACCAUAGUCGCGAUGGUGCCGCACGUAUUGGCCCUGCCGUGUACAGAAUGUUGGAGAGUGAGGGUUGGAAGGUUGAGUGUGAUCGUGGCGUGCUGCUGGUGACCGGUCACCGUCGCUGA